CCCUCUUUGCCUACUACCGUGUAGAGUCUGUAGAGCUCGUCAGUCCCUCUCUCUCUCCUCUCUCUGUCCAGAUUGUGUACGAUUCCACAUUCAGAAACCGACCGUAUCAACGCAAAUUCAAUGUCAAAACCACUCCCAAACCUCCCUCUCUCUCCUCCCCCCUCUCUCUCCUCCUCCCCCAACUCUCCAAACCCUAAUAAUGGCGCCUCCAGCUUCUCCCUCUAACUCCCCCUCCGACCUCGCCUCCUCCUCCCCGACCAACCCCGACCCCUCCGCCUCCCCCUCCGCCUCCUCUUCCAUGUGGCAGUACCUCUGGAUUCCCGUCCUGAUUUCCUUGUCCAAGGAAUUGAGCUCCGCAAAGGCUCAAUCGACGAUCCUUCUGCCGGGCGAGGCCGGCGACUCCGUCGAGUCGACUCGGCUGCCGAGUUGCCCGGCGGCCGAUCCGAAGCUGAAUUUCAGACCGGUGAUCGGCAUCCUCAGCCAUCCCGGCGAUGGCGCCUCCGGCCGGCUUAAUAACGCGUCGAAUGCGUCGUAUAUUGCUGCUUCGUACGUGAAGUUCGUCGAGGCGGCUGGGGCUAGGGUUAUUCCUCUUAUUUAUAACGAGCCUCCUGAUGUUCUCUACGAAAAACUCAAUCUUGUCAAUGGAGUGCUCUUUACUGGAGGAUGGGCCAAAAGUGGCCCCUACUUUAAGGUUGUUGAUGGAAUAUUUAAGAAAAUUUUGGAGAAGAAUGACGGAGGAGACCACUUCCCUCUACUUGCAAUCUGCUUAGGCUUUGAACUUUUAACAAUGAUUAUCAGCAAGGACAAUAACAUUCUUGAAUCAUUUAAAGCAUCAGAUCAGGCAUCUACACUCGAAUUCGCAAAAGAGAUGAAUAUUGAAGGAACUGUGUUUCAAAGGUUUCCUCCAGAUUUACUUAGAAAGUUGAGUACAGAUUGCCUUGUCAUGCAAAACCAUCAAUACGGUAUAUCACCAGAAAAGUUUCUUGAGAACAUGGACCUGUGUAAUUUCUUCAAGAUCUUGACGAAUAGUGCAGAUUCUGAUAAUAAGCAGGUUUAUGUCUCCACAGUUCAAGCACGCAAUUAUCCUGUUACUGCCUUCCAGUGGCAUCCAGAGAAAAAUGCUUUCGAAUGGGGCUUAUCCAUGAUUCCUCACUCCGAAGAUGCAAUUCAAGUGACUCAAUAUGUUGCAAAUUUCUUUGUCAGUGAGGCUAGGAAGUCAUUGAACAGACCACCUACUCGAAAAGUGCUCAACAAUCUUAUUUACAACUACAGUCCCACUUAUUGUGGGAAGGCCGGGAAGGGAUAUGACGAGGUAUACAUCUUUGACGGCCUCAAUCAUUCAAGUUUGUAAAGUGUACAUGUCAUGGCUAUUUUGCCAUGCUUUAUAUGACUACAAGCUUGUGAUAUUGAUUGAUAUGUAUAGUGGCGCCCCAAGAACUAUUCAAAUGAAAGUAACCUGAUUCGUAUUAUUGGACAAGGUUUCACAUUGGGAUUGUAUUUCCACCCUUCAAUGUAACUGCUCCAUAAGUAAAAUUAGAGGAAAUCCCUGCUUUCCAAAAUUAAACAUUGUUGGUCUGGCGCUGGUGUUGAUGCUAAAGUGACCAUCUUUGGCAAAUUGGUGGAUUCUGUAAUAAGGACUGAACUUGGAGUUGCAAAUAUUGCUUCUAGUACUAUUGUAUUGAUGGACCAUUUUGAA